AUGAAGUUCUUCUCCGCCGUCUCCGCCGCCGUUCUCGGCUUCUCCAGCAUGGCUUCCGCCAUCACUGUCAGCUACGACCCCGGUUACGAUGAUGCCGGCCGCUCCAUGAACGUUGUCUCCUGCUCUGACGGAGCCAACGGUCUGGCCGCUCGCUUCCCCACCCAGGGCAGCCUUCCUCGCUUCCCUCUCAUCGGUGGUUACCAAGGCAUUGCUGGCUGGAACAGCCCUCAGUGCGGUACCUGCUACGGUCUCACCUACAACGGCAAGACCAUCUACGUCCUUGCCAUGGACCAUACUGGCGCCGGCUUCAACAUUGCCCAGGCUGCCAUGAACCAGCUCACCAACGGCCAGGCUGCUGCCCUCGGCCGCAUCGACGCUCAGUACCAGCAGGUCGCUGUCAGCAACUGCGGUCUUUAA